AUGGAUCAACUUCUUCAACUAAAGUCCAAAACUUUAACCAAUCUAUCUGUAGUAUGUGGAUCCACUAUAAAAUCCACCAAACGGGACAAUGCUAUUCAAUUGAUGCAUAACCUCGAGUACCAUUUGAAGUUACCUCGAAAAAUCUCCUUAAUUUCGAUAGAUAUAGGUAUCAAGAACUUUAGUUACUGUAAGUUAUCUAACAUUGAAAGUAUGGAUUCAAAGUUACAUUUGAACUUCAAUACCUGGAAGACCAUGGAUUUGAACGUGAAAUAUCCUAGUAAUUACCAAAGUCCCAUCAAUGAUACGAUUUCUGCCCGACAAAGAUUGGGAUUUUUAAAUUUUCUGGUAUUCAAAGAUCUUAUACUUCAUAAUCAACCAGACAUCAUCUUAAUAGAGAACCAGAGAGUCAAAUCCAACAAUAAUCAAGUGACUUUACCUGGGAUCCUUCUUAACUAUGUAUUUGAGAAUUUGUUUUAUACGAAUUUCGAACUUCUAAAGAACUAUGAAGAUUUGAAAUGUUCUUUACUUCCUAUGAAUUCAAGUAGACUUACCAACUAUUUGAUUAACCGGUUUUUGAUCAAAUCAGAGAUUAAUUCCAGUAAUUCCAAGAUCUUACGUAAUAAGUAUGUGUUCAAUCUUCUAGAUAAUGAUAUGUUAACAAUUGAAGGUAUGGAUUGUAAGAAUCAAGACAAGAGAUCUUUCAUGAAGCAGUAUAAUCAACAAGCAGAUCAGAGAAUCAGAAAAUUGGAUGAUUUAUUUGAUAGUGUUCUCUAUGCCUUAACAUUCAUCCAAUAUCAUCAGAAUAACCGAUACUUGGAUCAUUACUUGAAGAACAAUUUGGAUGUUAAUGAACUUGUACAUAUUCUCAAUAACAAUUCGGUGUAUUAUCUUCGAAAGAUAGAGGACAUCAAGUUGACCGAGAGUGCUGAACCCUUGGGCCACAAAUUUAUAGAGUUGCCUAAGAUGUAA